CACACAUGUAUAUUUAAAGCACAGAAUUUUUUAUUCUCUUUCUUUCUUUCUCUCCCUCUCCCUCUCUCUCUUUUUUUUUCUUUUUUUCUUUUAUCUGUGUAUAUUUAUAUAAAUAUUUAUAUACAUACACAUAUAUAUAUUUUUUUUAAAAAAAAAGGUUGCUAUGAAACAUGAUCUCGAAAAUAAAAAAGACCAAACAAAGCCAAAAAGGUUCAAAGUAGGGAAAGCUUGUUACACUUGUCGCAUCAAGAAGAUCAAAUGUGAUGGAGUACAGCCUUGUAUGCAGUGCAAAGUUCGUAAAAGACCUUGUACCUUUUCUAAAGAUGGUACAAUAGAUUCAAAUCAACGUGUUGAAACUGAUAAUGCAUCACAAGAACAAUCACCAUCAUCAAGUGCUUCAACGCCAUCAGCAACUCCUCAUCUAUCAUCUUCAUCGCAACUUGAUGAAAAGCAGAUUAUAUCCAUGACAGAGGCACUUACCAGAUUAAACAAAAUUUGGCCAGGUGAAGGGAGAGAAGGAAAGUGGGAAGUAGCUCAAUCAAAAUUACUUUUACAUCCUUUUCCAAAUCGACAAUUAACAAAUGAACAUGAAGAUGCUUUUGUACAUCAAACAAAGGCAAUACAACAACAAUGCAUACGACUUUAUUACAAACAUUGUUAUUCCAUGUUCCCUAUUGUCCCAAAACGUUUAUUUUAUAAACAGUUUGAUUCCCUUAGUCAAAAAAAUACAACUUCUUCUGAAUCCUAUUUAUUAAAUCCAGCACUCAUCUUGAUCAUGAUGGCACAUGGAGCUCAAAGGAGAUCUACAGAAGAAAUAACAGACACUAUAACAGCAGAAGCAGAUAGUUAUUUUCUACAAGCUCGUUCUAUUUUACUAGAUAACAAUUUGGUAGAUCAACCAAAAAUAAGUACAGUUGCUGCCCUCAUCUUGAUGAGUUUAUAUGAAUCUAGUGUAAAUCCUUAUCCAGUUAUGUAUAGUGGCAUAGCUUUUCAAAUGGCACUUGAUUUGAGUUUAAUGCGAGAUUAUCGUGGUGAAAUUGAUUUUGAAAGAAGGAAUGAAGAUGGCGAUUUACAAGAACUAAGAAAACGCACUUGUUGGGGCUGUUAUGCGUUAGACAAACUAAUUCAUAUGCAGACGGGCCAGUCAUGGAUGCUUCGAAGUAAAGAUAUUGAAUUAGAUAUGCCUUCAUUGUUACCAGGAGACAAUGUAAAAGAGCAUGAGACAUUAGAAGGAUUUGUAGCUCUUUUAAAACUCCUACAAAUUGCAGAACGUGUUUUACAACCUGCAUCACUACAACAGAAUGGUCAACCUGUAGUUCGAACCCAUGCACACGAUCAGAUGUCUUUGAAUACUGAUAACGACCUUUUGCACUGGCUAAGGACCUUACCUUCUCAAUUACAAUGGACUCCAGUAAAUAAUAAUUCACAUCAACUACCACCACCACCAUCAAAUGCGAUGGUAUACCAUCUUCAUCUUAUUUAUAAUUUCAUUGAACUUAGCGUCUUGAAACCUUAUUCAUCUUCAAAUGUCAAAUCCAUUCACCAAAGAUCUGCUAUUGUAGCUGCACAUAUAACACGUUUGAUAACAAAUCUGUCAACAACACAUACCUUAUGGAUCUUCAAUAUAAACUUAUUGAUGAGCGCUCUUAUGGAAGCAACACGAUUUCAUUUAAGGUUAUGUUCAAAUGAUGAAAAUCUUCCACUUGCACGACAGGCACGAAUGAUGUUUCAACAAUCUAUGAUGGCCAUGAAGCAUCUUUUGUCGGUGAUGGUGUUGAAGCAAGCUACAAAAAGCAUCCAUUUAAUGAACGAGUUUGUAAUAGCCUUGGAACAAGCAAUAUCUGAAGCUGAUGCAGCAAAUCUUAAUUUCUUUAAUGGAGAAGAAAGUGAUAUUAUGACACCUUUUGUCCUUGGCAAUACACGAUAUAUGGAGGAAGAAAGACAACAGUGGUCCAAAUUGGAUUAUUUUGCGAAUGGAUUAAUUACACCACCAACUGCAAAAGCAAGAGGAUUUACUAUGUCAUCGACCAUGUUUGUUCCACCUAACACAUUCCCUGAUUAUGAUAUUGGCCAUAGUGCAAUUACAGCGACAGAUCAUGCAUUUUCUACUCGGUUUUAUUCUGCAAGGUCUUCUCUAGAUGAGCUCUUGUCUAAUACUACAACCCAGUCAUGGCAAAGGGCCCAUCAAAAGACAGCGUCAUCAAAUAAUAACCAACAAUUAUUAAUGAAUCAAUCUAAUUCUUCUGACAUUGCAGCAUUUGUCGCACAACAAAUACAGGAUAAUAAUCAAAAUAGCAAUGGUAGUCACGAACAACACAAUUGGCCCAAUCAUAGUACAUCUACAUCUAAUACUACUACUACUACCACUACUACUACCACUACCAAUAAUAACAAUACUAAUACUACUAAUACUAAUAUAAAAAAUGGAACAACCUCUCAACAACAAAAUGCUAACAAUUCAUCUACAUCAUCUAUAGAGAAUGAAAGCUUAUUAUAUACAUUAUUAUCAUCCAAUCAAGAAAGAGAUAAUAAUAACACUCAGCAAAGAAGGUCUUCUUCUCAUAACGACUCCUCAUCAACUACACGACAAAACUAUAACAGUUUUGUUCAACCUUAUAUGAGUAUUGGUUUAGGUAUUUAUGCAUCAGCACAUCAACAUCAUAAUGACGUAAUUAGACAACAUCUGCCUGUAAAUAAUAAAGGGCCAGCAACAAUGCUGUCUCAUACACAACAACAUCAAUAAAUAAAUAAAUAUAUUUUGCCUAAAUAUG